GGAACUCGAGCGCGGCGACGGCGGAGGAGGAGGACCGAUGGAGGCGGAGCGGAGAGGCGGAGACGCGGCCCGGCACGGGCGACUCGGGGCGCCAACCCCGCGCCGGCCAGUGUGAGAAGCAGCGAGCAGGCGACGCGGCUGCAGCUGCGGCGCCUCCGACCUCCGCGCCGCGCGUGGCCUCGCUGCCGGGAGCCGCGCCCCAGAGCCUUCUACUUGUUGGGCAAGCACUCUACUAGUCUUCAACCCCAAAGUCAAAUUGUUGAAGGUAUUUUCUCCAGAAAGAAAACAAAAUUGAUACCUUGCAUCCUGGAAGUUCAUUUAGAAAUCUGAAAUUAGGGACUUCUUUCAAAUUUGGACAUGGCUAAUCGAGGAGCAACAAGACCCAAUAGGCCAAAUACUGGGAAUAAAAUAUGCCAGUUCAAACUGGUACUUCUAGGAGAGUCUGCUGUUGGCAAAUCAAGCCUGGUGCUUCGCUUUGUGAAGGGCCAAUUUCAUGAAUUUCAAGAGAGUACCAUUGGGGCUGCCUUUCUAACCCAAACUGUGUGUCUUGAUGACACAACAGUAAAAUUUGAAAUAUGGGAUACAGCUGGCCAAGAACGGUACCAUAGCCUAGCACCAAUGUACUAUCGAGGAGCGCAAGCAGCCAUAGUUGUGUAUGAUAUUACAAAUGAGGAGUCCUAUGCAAGAGCAAAAAACUGGGUUAAAGAACUUCAGAGGCAAGCAAGUCCUAAUAUUGUGAUAGCUUUGUCAGGAAACAAGGCUGACCUAGCAAAUAAAAGAGCUGUUGACUUCCAGGAAGCACAGUCCUAUGCAGAUGACAACAGUUUAUUAUUCAUGGAGACAUCAGCUAAGACAUCAAUGAAUGUAAAUGAAAUAUUCAUGGCAAUAGCUAAAAAGCUGCCAAAGAAUGAACCACAGAAUCUAGGCGCAAACUCGGCCAGAGGACGAGGAGUAGACCUUACUGAGCCUGCACAGCCAGCCAGAAGCCAGUGUUGUAGUAACUGAACUCCAGUGUGAACUUCCUAAAUGGCAAAACCCGUGAAGUGGGAGCAUUUAGCCGGCCCAGUGUGACUUCAAAAAAGAGACUUUUGGUAGAAUCAAGUUUCUAAUACUGAAUUAUUUUGAGUGUUUUGACUUAAUUUUUAAUAACAUGCAUGUGUUCUUCCGACUAAUGUUUUGGCAGUAGAAGGGGAAAUGAGAACUGUGUACAAUUUGUUCCAUGGGAAAGUGGAUAAAAGGGGAACCAUUUAUCUCCAGUGGAUGUGCACCCA